AUGACCACUAUAUGUCUCUUCUCGAAGCCUCGAGAGCAUAUAGAAGUUGGUCCAACUGAGUGUGCCCAGCAACUCUUCCCUGAAACAAGCCGUCUAGAAUUCCAAAGCCCUGAAGAUGAAGAUGACAACUGUUGGAGCUUCCACCUUGCUGAGCUGUCCCAGGCCCUGCUAGUCAACAUGGCUGCUGGGAAGGGGGUUCUGUGGAGCCCUUCAGCUGAAAACAGAUGGUGGUGUAGUGAACCCGAGCAAAGCCGGGGCUGCCAGCCAGUGCUUCCACAGAAAAAAAACCACCCAGGCUCCAAGGCUGACAGCAGUGGUGGCCAGGAUGAGUCCUGUGUGGAGGUGUCACUGUCAACACCCCAGGGCAAGCUUAGACUGGAAAAGCCACUGGCCCAGAAAGUGUGCUGGGAACAGGGGCAGAGCGCCUUCAUGGAGGUGCCUAGGCUGAAGGAAAGGCUACAGGGCAUGCCGGCCAGGGACAGGGAGCAUGAUGGCCUCAGGAGCCAGCCUGGCCUUCAGCAGCUGGCCCAGGGCGUCCCCGGGGACCCCACUGGCAGUACGGUCUUCUCUUUGUGGCCCAGCAGAGCCGGAAGGGAGCAGAGAAGUGCCUUCAGCAAACCAGCCAGAUGUCCAUCGGGGAGACCUGGGUCAACCUCGCUCUUCCAGGCAGGCAAACCUGCAGAUGCCCUGGGGGAGCUGUUGGGGCUCAUCAAGAUGGUAGACAUCCCUUGUUGGGGUCGACUUUCCAAUGCCAAGAUUUUGGUGGGUGAUUUCUUGAACCUGCAGACACUGCCACAGAGUGCUCCUCUCUGCAGUGCUUUCUUGGGUGCUCCCACCCUGUGGCUAAAGCAUGCCAUGGCCCAAGUGCCCACAGCCUCACCACCCUCCACUGGCUCCCAGGCCCUCCUGCCACCCACGUUCACUUUCCUGGGCUUGUCCACCCAGAACUGGUGCGCAAAGUGCAGCCUCUCCUUCCACCUGACCUCCGACCUGGUUUUUCAUAUGCGGUCCCACCACAAAAAGGAGCAUGCAGAGCCUGACCCACAUUCUAAGAAGCCGACAGAAGAGGCACUUACAUGCCCCAUCUGCCAGGAGCACUUCCGGGAGCGCCACCACCUCUCCCGGCACAUGGCUUCCCACAGAUGAAGGUGGCUGUGGGA